AUGGCUUGUGCCAUCAAUGCCACCACAAUAAUGUCAUCAAGUACUCAAUCUCUCAUUCCUCACAAGCUUAAUCUAUCUUCCAAUAAUCUCAUUCAUCCUUCCAUGUCCAUUGAACCAUCACAACAUUCUAUCAAUUACUCAUCUCGUCCUCGUCUUUCCACCAUGUGGAAAGAAAUCCAAGGUUCUAAGAAUUGGAACAAUCUUAUCAAUCCUUUAAGUCCUCUUCUCCGGCAAGAACUCAUUCGAUACGGCGACUUCGUCACCGCUUGUUACAAGGCUUGCGAUCUCGACACAAGCUCGAAGAUGUACUCAAAAUGCAAGCAUGCAAAGAACAACAUGUUCGAAGAAGUUGGCAUGGAUAAUUGUGGUUAUACGAUAACAAAGUACAUAUACGCGACACCGGAGAUUGGUAUUCAGGCGAAAGACGGGGCUUGGAUAGGCUACAUCGCUGUGUCAUCGGACAAUGAGAGUGCAAGGAUUGGAAGAAGAGAUAUAUUAGUUAGUUUCCGAGGAACUGUGACUAGGUGUGAGUGGAUUGCCAAUUUCAUGAGUUCAUUGUCACCGGCGAGACUACACCCGGAUAAUCCCCGGCCGGAGAUUAAAGUCGAGUCCGGCUUCCUCAGUCUUUACACAUCAUCAAACAACGGCUCAAAGUUUUGUCAAGAGAGUUGCAGAGAGCAACUGUUGAGUGAGAUAAGUAGACUGAUGAACAAGUAUGGUGGAAAUGAUCAUGAAGAGAUGAGUAUUUCUCUUGCAGGACAUAGUAUGGGGAGCUCAUUGGCUCUUUUGUUAGGGUAUGACCUUGCAGAGCUUGGGCUGAAUUAUGGGGUCCCUAUAACUGUUUACUCAUUUGGAGGUCCUAGAGUAGGGAACAUAGGGUUCAAGAAGAGGUGUGAAGAGUUGGGAGUGAAGGUACUAAGGGUGGUCAAUGUGCAUGAUCCAGUGACUAAGUUGCCAGGAGUUUUUCUCAAUGAGAAUUUCAGGGUUUUUGGAGAUGAAACUUCAUGUUAUGCUCAUGUGGGUGUUGAGCUUGGUCUUAAUUUUUUCAAGAUGAAGAACCCUGCUUGUGUUCAUGAUUUGGAAGCUUAUCUUGGCUUGCUGAAGUUCCCAAAGAAAAAGAAGAAGAAGAAGAGUAGUAUUGGCUACAACUUGGUUGAGAGUGCUUGGAAGAAGAGUUUGCUAAGCUUGCAAAACAUUGAUGCAUGGCCUUGGCAUGAUGCUGCAAGACAAGUUGGUGAUUUGGUUCAAUCUUUAGGCUUUUAAUCAAACAUCUUG